AUGAACAAUUCCCUGGAUUAUCUGGCCUACCCUGUAAUCGUCUCUAAUCAUAGGCAAAGCACAACCUUCAGGAAGAAACUGGACUUUGGCCACUACAUAUUGCACAAAAAUAGAGUACAGAUAGUGAAGCCUGCCGUCGAUACCAAACCUCCAAUGGCGCACACACAUUACAUUUUAAAAUUGAGCAAAAUCCAGGGUGAACAAAAGAGAAUCGACAAAAUUGAAUACGAAAAUAAACAAUUGUGUCAGAAAAUUGCGAAUGCCCAUCGAGGCCCUGCCAAGGUGGACUGCUGGAACGAGUAUCUUUCAAGAAGCUUAAACAGAGAAUCGAGGAAUCGCGACCUAGUAAGAAUCACCAUGGAAAACCAGGGCAUCCUGAGGAGGUUGAGUGAUCGCAAACCCCACUAUGACCGCAGGGCGUCGGAGAUGGACUGGCAGAAUUCAAGGCGAUAUAUCAGAAACACAACAAGAUAUCUUCUCUUCCAAGAAGAAUAG